AUGAAAUCCGCCGUCAACACUCAACAAAAGAUAGGCCAAUCUCCGGCUGGCGCGGCUGACUUUAUGGACCCUGAUGAUCUGAGGACUGAAUUUGCAAUGGCAAUGUCAGCAAUGUAUCAGCAAGAAGUCCCGCUAUAUGGAAACUUACUCGAUAUUGUGCGCCAUGUCAAUCAAGACGUCCUCCGCAGAAAAGAAAAAGACCUCGCCGUCGACACGGUCGCUAUCAGGGCAAGCACGGAGAGGCUCACGCUUGAACGUCAUGGUGCCAUUAGGCUAGGCACACCCUACGAGCUUCGGACGGUGAAGCGCAUCUUUGCGGUUCUGGGGAUGUACCCGGUCGGGUACUACGAUUUAUCCGUCGCCGGCUUGCCGAUGCAUGCCACGUGCUUUCGCCCUACGAGCGUACAGAGCCUUCGUCGGAACCCGUUCCGAGUCUUCACUACCCUGCUCCGUCCAGAUCUCCUCGCCGACGAAGAUGCGCGCCAGCUAUCGGGGAAGCUGCUCCAGAGAAGAAACAUAUUCACGGCCGAGCUCCUUGGAGUUCUAGACACUGCCGACAGCGCUUAUACCCAAACAAACAAAUCAAAUAUGAGCACCGCCGCGAAGCUAGUUUUUAAGAUAUUAGACCUCCUCUAG